AUGAAGUGGAGUUCAUUCCUGGAGGCAGCUCUCCUUUGCGGUGCGAUCUUGAGCCCUGUCACUUCAGGUGCAGCUCUACCUAGUGAUACAGCAUCGACAGCUUCGGACCAGGGCCUCGUCUCGACCUUGUCAGCUGUGGCUAAUGACCCGGCAAUCAAUGAUACCCAGAUAACCACCACCGUCUCAUCAAUUGUGUCUGGGAUCGACGAGACCCAGCGCAAGCAGACGACCAAGGGGGAUGAGUCUGUCGAAAGGGCGUUCAAGAAGCUUCAGUCCGUCUUUUCAGAUGGCACACCUGAUUUCCUAAGAUUGGCCCGCGAGAUUGUCAGGAUAGGACUCGUACCUGCUGAUAUUCUCUCCCUUCUCAAUGGGUACCUCAAGCAAGAACUCAAUUCGAUCAACAAUCGGAACCCUGUUCUGAAUAAUCAAAUCAUCUACCCAGCCAAGGCACCAGGGGAUGUUCCUUACUCUGUUGCUGAGAAAGCAUUGCGAGCGGCAAUCUAUAUCCCCAGCUCAUUCGGGUAUGGAAAGAACGGAAAGAAACCAGUCAUCUUGGUCCCCGGAACAGCCACCCCUGCAGGCACAACAUACCACUUCAGCUUCGCGAAGCUUGGAAGUGCCACCAACGUUGACGUGGUCUGGCUCAACAUCCCCCAAGCCUCACUGAACGACAUUCAAAUCAACGCCGAGUACGUCGCUUAUGCAAUCAACUACAUCUCGGCUCUCACAGGGUCAAACGUCGCGGUUAUCUCCUGGUCCCAGGGUGGGCCUGAUACCCAAUGGGCCCUGAAAUACUGGCCAACGACCCGAGAUGUGGUUGACGAUUUCAUUGCCAUCAGUCCCGAUUUCCACGGGACAGUGGCAAGCUCGCUCGCGUGCCCGUGGCUCAAGUCUCUCCUCUGCAGUCCUGCGCUCUGGCAACAAGCUUGGGACAGCGAAUUUAUCAGCACGCUGCGGGCCGACGGAGGAGAUUCCGCAUACGUUCCCACAACCACAAUCUACUCUUCGUUCGAUGAGAUCGUGCAGCCGAUGAGCGGGAGCCAAGCGUCCGCCAUUCUCGGAGAUGCUCGGGCGGUUGGCGUGUCGAACAACCAAGUGCAGACGGUCUGCGGUUCCAAGCCCGCAGGGGGCAUUUACACGCAUGAAGGCGUGUUGUAUAAUCCACUCGCGUGGGCACUGGCGGUCGACGCGCUCACCCAUGACGGCCCAGGCGAUCCGUCACGGUUGAACCUCGAUGAUGUGUGUGGGCGGCUACUUCCGCCACAACUUGGAUUAGACGACUUUCUCGGGACUGAAGGACUGUUGCUCGUUGGGUUGGCGGAGGCUCUUGCGUACAUGCCGAAGACCCUGCGAGAACCACCCAUUGCUGGCUAUGCUGCUUGA